GCGCCGGAGUCCCCACGCACUGUCUUUUGAUGCAUUAAUAGUCAGUUCGAUCGUAAUGACGACUACAGUUCACGAUGACGAACCAGCCCGUGACAAUAGGAGCAAACCCUAAGUCCAACAGUGACUACGGUCUUCAAUUGAAUCGAUGGUUCCUAAAACCAAUCGGUGUAUGGCCAUCGUCUCCCUCUACUACGAGAUUCGAGAAGAUAAUUUCGAUUACAUUAAACGUCAUUUGCUACACUUCGAUAAUACUCACUACGGUUCCUUGUUUGAUGCGCAUGUUUCUAGAAGACGAGAGUAUUUAUUUGAAACUGAAGUCGCUAGGUCCCGUGAGUCAUUGGAUCGUCAGUGGCGCGAAUUACACUACUUUACUACUGCGGAGCAAAGAUAUACGUCAGUGCAUGGAACACAUGGAAGCUGACUGGCAAACAGCGACCAGAGAGAAGGAUCAAUGGGUGAUGCUAAAGAACGCGAAAUUCGGUCGCUAUGUAGCAGCUUCGUGCGCUAUUUUUAUGCAGAGUGGCGUUAUGUGCUUUAUUUUCGUCACAACGAGGAUUUUACACGUAUUACCUUGUGCAGUAUACAAGAAGCUGAUAAACGUCGAUGAAAGUCUAACGAACGAAAUCGUGCUCUUCUUGCAAGCGUGGUGUACUAUUAUUGCGAACUCCAGUACAGUUGGAAUGUUUAGUCUUGCAGCUGUUCUAGCUGCUCAUGCAUGCGGUCAGCUGAAUGUAGUUAUGGUAUGGAUCACUGAAUUCGUGAACGAACCGAAGAAGACAGAUGGUCCUAAGAGCAUAGGAGUUAUCGUGGAGCGACAUUUGAGGACGCUGAAUUUCAUUGGAUAUAUCGAGAAUUUGAUGAACCGGAUAUAUUUUCUAGAAAUAUUUAGAUGCACAAUGGACAUAUGCAUACUGGGUUACUACAUUCUUUCGGAAUGGGCUGAUCAAAACGUCCAAAGUCUGAUUACGUAUAUCAUGAUAUAUAUUUCAAUCGGUUUCAACGUUUUUCUAAUAUGUUACAUAGGUGAAAUAUUGACAGAACAGAGCAAAAAGGUUGGUGAAGUAGUUUAUAUGACAAACUGGUAUUACUUACCGGAAAAAACAAUCCUCGACUUGAUUUUGAUCAUCGCGCGAUCUGGUGUGCUCGUACAAAUCACUGCUGGAAAGAUGGUUCACAUGUCCGUCUACACAUUCGGUGAUGUGAUAAAAACCGGUUUCGCAUAUUUGAAUCUCCUACGACAAAUAACAUGAUUAAAUACACUACCAAUUAAUUUUUGAAUUGUGUAACUUUUUGUAAACGAUAUUGUAAAAUUUGGAAUAC